AUGUCGCCCCGCAAAAAAAAGACAAGAAAACUAAGGGAACACGUAAGCCAUGGACAUGAUCGUAUUUGUAAGCACCGCAAGCAACCCGGAGGUUGUGAUAAUGCUGGUGGUAUGCAUCACCACAGGAUAAACAUUGACAAGUACCAUCCUGGAUACUUUGGAAAGCCUGGUAUGUGUAACUACCAUUUGGGGCGAAACUCCAAAGGGUCCCCAGCAAUGAAUCUGGACAAACUGUGGACACUCUUUAGUGAACAGACGAAGCUGCAGUACAAAGACCAUCUCGAGGUAAAGGCACCUGUUAUUGACAUUGUUAAAGCUGGAUACCACAAGCUUUUGGGUGAAGGGCGCCUGUCUGACCAGCCCAUCAUUGUCAAAACAAAGUUCUUCUCAAAGUCAGCUAAAGACAAAAUUAAAGCUGUUGAACAAGCUUCUGUUUUGAGUGCAUGA